UCUGAAUGCAACGUUUGAUGACAUCGAAUAUAUAUAGCAACUAUGAUGGAAUAAUAAUUCCCGGAGGACGAUCUCCUGAGUAUUUUGCUAUGGAUGCAUCGGUUUUAGAAUUGGUCAACAAGUUUGCCGCGUCCAGGAAGAUAAUUGCUGCUAUGGGCCGUGGGGUAUUGGUCUUAGCAGCUGCAGGCUUGGUUAAGGGGCGCAACUGCACAGGGUUCCCACCUAUGAGACCUGUACUCCUUGCUGGGGGCGCUCAGUGGGUGGAACCUGAUACCAUGGGGACGUGUAUCGCCGAUGGUAAUAUAAUUACUGGGGUAUUGGUCUUAGCAGCUGCAGGCUUGGUUAAGGGGCGCAACUGCACAGGGUUCCCACCUAUGAGACCUGUACUCCUUGCUGGGGGCGCUCAGUGGGUGGAACCUGAUACCAUGGGGACGUGUAUCGCCGAUGGUAAUAUAAUUACUGGGGUUACAUAUGAAGGUAAUGCUGAGUUCAUGAGGCUUUUUGUCAAGGCAUUGGGAGGACACAUAAUUAGUUCAGAGAGAAGGAUCCUGUUUCUUUGUGGAGACUUCAUGGAAGAUUGUGAGACUUUUCAGUCACUUCUAGCACUUGGAUGCCAUGUUGAUGCAGUUUGCCCCAAGAGGAAAGCUGGCGAUGUAUGUGCAACUGCAGUCCAUGAUUUUGAAGGUGACCAAACCUACAGUGAGAAGCCAGGCCAUAAUUUCAUUUUGACAGCCAACUUUGAAACUAUAGAUGCCACAAGGUACGAUGCUCUUGUAGUCCCUGGAGGUCGUGCCCCAGAGUAUUUGGCAUUGAAUGAGAAGGUUAUUGCAUUAGUGAAACAUUUUAUGGGAGCAAGGAAACUAGUUGCAUCCAUUUGCCAGGGUCGGCAGAUUUUAGCUGCUGCUGGUGUUCUGCAGGUAAGGGCAAUUUACAGAUUCACUUAUUAA